UGGAUGCAGUUCAGUUUUGGAAACAUGCGACCCUUUUGCAGAAGCUUUCAUGUCAUUGAAAGCCUUUUUACCAACUCCAAGAGUAAGAUUAUGAAUUAUAAAUGUAGAAGUUCCAAUCCUAGAUUGUUUGCUUUCGAACCUAAUGUGCCUAUGUUUGGGAGGGGAACUGCAGCAAGCUUUCUUCAACAGCCAGCUAAUUACUCACAGGGCAGCCCAUUUCCAUUGCUACUUAAGUGUACUUCUUCUUCUUCAGCUACAUCACAAGCGGUAGCUGGUGCUUACAACGAAUUUUCAACAUCUUAUAAUGGCAGACCUUUGGUAUCAUUGUUCUACAAAAGCCCUGGACAGGAGCUAUUUCGACCCAAUAUGUUUGGGUCUUGUGCCCCCAUCAGGUUCUUAACAACCAUGGGUGAUGCCGCGGAACCUGUUGCACAGGACUCUUCUUCAGUUAGCCCUGAGACAGUUCGGCCCAUCAAAUUCAAAAGGCCCGAUAAAACAGCCAGGCACAUAAUGCAGAUUUUGGACAAGGAAGCAGUGGAGGCAGUAAAGGCAGAUAGAGAGAUCCCUGACAUAAAGCCUGGUUAUACUGUCCAGCUUAAAGUGGAAGUGCCUGAGAACAAGCGUCGAGUUUCGAUUCUGAAAGGCAUUGUUAUAGCAAGGCGCAAUGCUGGUCUGAAUACAACAUUUAGAUUACGGAGGCUGGUAGCAGGUGUUGGAGUGGAAUCUGUUUUCCCUUUAUACUCUCCCAACAUAAAGGAAUUCAAAGUGCUGGACAAGAAGGAAGUCAGGAAGGCAAAGCUGUAUUACCUUAGGGACAGAAUGAAUGCUCUCAGGAAGUAAGGGCUGUACAAGUGAGACUCUCCCCCUGAUUUUUCUUCCCAAUGGAUUUGAUUGAAUCAAUUUCCAUAUUUUAUUCGAAUGCAUCAGCUGAUGCUUUUGCACACAAGAUGUCUAGGGAAAUGGUACCUGGAUCCACAGAUACCUAACAUAUGGUUUCAUCGGAUUGCAUCUAGAUUUUGGGUCUGAUUAAGAAUCCAGAUCCUAAGUUGGAUCGGAUUCCUGUCAAUUUUGGGUAAUAAAAAUCUCUAAAUCUGUUCACAGAUGUUGGUUCUGAUCUAAUCAGGUCUAUAUGUGGGUGCAAUGCUUCAAAUCUGAUUAGAAAUAUGGUCAGAUACCUGAAUCCACCAUAUGUGUACACGUUUUAUUUUUAUUUUUAAUUUCAUUAUUUAUUUUAUUACGUUGGUAUUUUAGAAACUUGCUGCAAGCAUGCUUCUAGUGCACAUAUGAAUCUGAAUCUGGUUAUUAGACA